ACAACCCCCUGAAAGCAUUUUUGUAUGGAAGAGCUUCAACUAGCUUUCAGCAUGAUCUGGUGUCAGCUUUGACUCUGAACCAAGAAAAUUACUGGAUGGCAGUUGGGGAAGGACGACUUGCAGAGUGAGAAAACAAAUUUCAGAAGAAAAGAUGGAGCAAAACUGGGAAAUAAGAAAACCUCGGGGACCAGUUCUACAAAGAAGCAAUUGAGCACUGUCGCAGCUACAACUCUCGGCUCUGUGCCGAGCGCAGCGUCCGCCUUCCCUUCCUGGACUCGCAGACUGGGGUAGCUCAGAACAACUGCUACAUCUGGAUGGAGAAGAGGCACAGGGGACCAGGCCUGGCCCCAGGUCAGCUGUACACAUACCCAGCACGUUGCUGGCGCAAAAAGAGGCGUUUGCAUCCCCCUGAGGAUUCCAGGCUGAAGCUGCUGGAAAUUAAACCUGAAGUUGAUCUGCCUCUGAAAAAAGAUGGGUUCACCUCAGAAAGUACAACUCUGGAAGCUUUGCUGCGUGGAGAGGCAAUAGAGAAAAAAACAGACACUAAAGAGGAAGACACUAUACAAGAAAUCCAGAGGGUUUUAGAAAAUGAUGAAAAUGCAGAUGAAGUGAACGAGGAAGAAGAUUUGGAAGAAGAUAUUCCAAAACGAAAGAACAGGCCUAGAGGACGGCCAAAGACCCCCACCUGGAAAAAAAUUUUCCAGAAAAAUGCUCGGGGAUCUGGAGGUGGCAGGAGACGGAAUGAUGCUGCCUCCCAGGAUGAUCAUGACAAACCCUAUGUUUGUGACAAUAGUUACAAACAAAAGCAUAACUCAAAAAUCUCCGACAAAGUCUGUGGCAAGCGUUACAAGAACAGGCCUGGCCUGAGCUACCAUUAUGCUCACACCCACCUCGCCAGUGAAGAGGGUGAUGAAGCCCGUGAGCAGGAGACCCGCUCCUCCCCUGUCCACCGAAAUGAAAACCACAAACCCCAGAAAGGACCAGAUGGGGUCAUCAUUCCCAAUAACUACUGUGACUUCUGCCUCGGAGGCUCCAAUAUGAACAAAAAAAGUGGCCGGCCUGAGGAACUUGUAUCGUGCUCAGACUGUGGGCGCUCUGGACACCCGACCUGCCUGCAGUUCACCACAAACAUGACUGAGGCUGUUAAAACCUAUCAGUGGCAAUGCAUUGAGUGCAAAUCCUGCAGCCUUUGUGGGACCUCAGAGAACGAUGACCAGCUGCUCUUCUGUGAUGACUGUGACCGUGGCUAUCACAUGUAUUGCUUGAAUCCACCAGUCUUUGAGCCCCCAGAAGGGAGCUGGAGUUGUCAUUUGUGCCAGGAGCUGCUCAGAGAGAGAGCGUCAGCUUUUGGCUACCAGGCCUGAGGAGCUCCAGCAGUCAAGAAACACCUUGCUCCUGGUGUUGCCAUACCAGCACAAAAUUCCCACCCAGAACACAAAGACACGACCCACAUCCAAACGAACGGACACUCAAAUACAGGAAGAGGUAUCUGUGGUAUCCACUGUCACUAAUGCCAGACCUCCUGGGCUCUGCUAGGACUGUGUACUUUCCCAGUGAUCUGGAUGAAAUCUCUUCACUGCUGUGCAUGGUUGCUGCUUGCCAUUAACAGGCUCACAUGUAUCAUGGAAGGGGGAGGGUUGUUGUACCAACGCGGAGAAGUCAAUUUUGUGUGGCCUUGUGCUUUCUGUUUAGUCUUUUGUUUUUAGUGAAAAAGUAGUAAGAUAUUUCCCAAGGAAUUAUUGGUGAGUACUUCAGCUGGGAGCAGCACCAGGUGUUUCUCUUCAAAGGCUUGACUGGAAAUCUCUACCACUCUGUAGAUGCAUGGGUGCUUAAGAGGGGUGCUCUGAGAGUUGUGUUUAGUUCAAGACUUCCCAGUUCAUGAACAGCACAUUGUCACUAGGAGAAGCAUUGAUCAAAACUUUUUGGGGUGACACUUUCUCCAUUGAAUCAAAUGCCCUGAUUUGGCAGAUGAUUAGGAAUCUGUUUUAAGUGUAAGGAAGUGCAGUGCUGUUAUGUACACACUUGAUGCUUAGAAAUGCCUUUGGUAUUCAGUGUAUUCAGGCAUGCUGUCCCACUGCAAUGCCAGCAGUAUCUUCCAGACACAUAAUUUCUCUUUGUUCAGAAAAUUCUGAGUGAAAAGUCUUAUGUAUAUGCAACUGACUUUCUGUUUAGCUCAGAAAAUUGAACAAAAGAAAAAUUCUCAUCUUAAGUUGAUCAUAGAAAGCAAAAAAUUGUCAGCUUUCCAAGCAAUCUUUUGUAAGUUGCAAAAAGAAACAAUUUUGGCUUAAGGUCAAAUGAAGCACUUUGAUUAAUUUUUUGAAAUUUCUAAACUAAAAUGUUCUGCAACUGAAAGCUGCAUUUUCUGGGCAUUGCCUAAUCCAGGCUUUCAGCAUUUCCAAAGUGUUACUGUUUUUUGUCAAAGUAAUUAUCAAGAUCUAACUAAAUUUCCCAAUAUUUUUCCUCCACAUUCUCUACAACUGCAUCUUUGGCCAAUGACAAUUUGUCUAAAAACCUUCCCCACCUCUAAAGAAAAGGAUCACUUGCUGAACCUAACAUGAAAAGAAGAAUUUUCAUAAUUAUUAAAAAAUUUAAAUAGGAAUAGUUCUACUUUAUUUAAACAAAGCUUUACAUGUGACAUGAAGAAAUUUUAAGUGAGACCAUACAUUGAAAAAAAAAAAAUAUUGCAGUUGAAUCUCUUUGAAUAAUUUAAGAGAUUACUAGGAGAAUGAGUACAUCAAAUAUUUUCUAAAAAAUACAUCUUUAAGGUUAAAAACUCUGAACUGCCAAGUAGCCCAGAAUAACCAUUUUUUUGGGCAUGAUGUAUAUCACUUUCUAUGCAUAGAUUUAAGUGGGUUUAUAAUAUAAAUUUAUGAGAGCAGCAUGUGACUCAUGUUGCUGGUACAAGUAGGUAAGGAUACUGAAGAUUAUAUUUGGCAUGUUUAUAUUGGUUGAAAUGCUUCUGCAAAAUGAAAUGUCCCCAAACACUUGAAAGACAUUGUGAAACAAUAUUGGUGAGCUAUUUUUUCUUCCUUCUCCUGCUAAUUACACUUAGUUAGGAUGAGCUAUACUGACCUAGUGCACUUUUUCCUCAUUAUUUAGAUAGUUUCUUCCCCUUUUGUUCAGCUUACACAUCAAAAAUAGCGGUGUCAGCUUCUGGAUUCUCCCACCUGAUGUUGCAGCCUCUUCUCAGGCUGCAUCAGGAGUAUUUUAACCUGUUAGGAAAAAAAAAAAGUAGAAAGUAUUUAUCCUAAUUGUAUUGGACCAAAUCUCUCCUGGAGCAGCUGCACUGGCUCCCUGUAAAAUUCAUUCAAUAGCUUGUGCUUUCCAUGUGACAGCCCUUCAAUGAGCUGAGAACACAAAGAAAUUUGAGCAUCAAGUCUGGAGAGAGCAAAGUGGAAGCCUGUGCACUUGCAGCAGGUGUCUGAUACCUGUUGGGACAAGACCCUUGAGCAAAUAUAAAAUAAAGCAUCUUCCUCCCAGUCUGGAGCUGCCCUGGCCCUGGGGAGCACUUGGAGGACACAGCUGAUCUGCAUGAGCAUUUACACCCAUUGUUGGUGUGGCUGAACCCUGCUGGUCUGGCAUUUUGGGACCAUCACAUGGUUCAGUCUGAUACAAAAUCCUGUUGCUGUUGUGGCCAGGAGGGCAAGAGUGUAUUCACCAGAGACACCACUGGACUCUCUUACAGAAAAUGGGUGUUUUGGGAAGAGUGACUGGAAAUGAGAAGUUGUGUGCUGCAGGAAACUUCUGUGGUGGUGCUGCUGGUGGGAUCAGCAGAUGUGGGUUAGUGUUUGGGCUGGUCCUCAGCUACCAGGACCUGGAGACUUCCAUCAAAGUCACCAUUGCCUUCCAGUGACCUGGUGUUUACACUGACCUUGGAGGAGUAGGACAAUGUCGGCUUUCCUAAACAGAGAGGACAUGCAUGUUGUUUUGGCCUGUGUGUUUAGCAGACACUGGUAGCUCAUCAUGUGAGUCUCAGGUAGCCUGGUUGGUGGAACCAGCUGGUGCAGAAUUUCUGGUCUCCAUCCCUUUGACAGAGACAUUGCUAAAGGAGCUGUGUUGUCUGUGCACACCUGCUUUCCUAUUUUGUGGUUUUGAUCCAGAGCUGUUUUUUCUUCCCACAACCAUUCUGCAGCCAACAAUAUCUUUCAUGUUCAGAAACACUCCUCUGUGGCCUUGCUGAGGUUUCAUCACUAAUGAGGUAUGACAGAAGGACAGAUUGCUAGAUCUUCAAUGCCAAAGCAUUGUUUGCCAUCUGAGAUCAGUGUGACAGGGUGCUUGCCCACAGUGGACCAGCUGUGUUUCAUCUCUCCAGCUUUGUGCUGUGUAGCCAGGCAGCUCCAGGUAACUUUGGCAGCAGAUUAGAUACAAGCUCUCCUGUGUGGAGAACUUCCUCCAGCUACAGCCUCCCUUCUUCACUAGCUGGGUCCAAGACAAGGGGCUGGAAUGGACCUCUCAGUGACAUUUUUAGCAUGCAUUCAGAGCAAUCUGUGUUGGUACACUUUAGAAUUACUGACUGACCUCCAAGGUGAAAAAUGCACCAGCUUUGCUGAGAUGUGGAGAGGUUGUGGCACUACCAUGGGGGUGAGGAAGAGGAGUUUAGAAAGUCAGAUAACUGACUCCCUGUCACCUGCUGCCCAAUGGGGAUAGUCCUCCUGCAUGACUGCUGGGAUGUGUGACUGGGGCAACACCAUCUGCUGUCAGGCAAAUCCUGCACUGAUCUGGUCUGGCCACUGAACAGUGUGAGGGCUCUGGCUCAGUGUGCUGCUCUCUCUCUUGCUAUGGCAGGACAUGCAAGUUUGUUGGCAGUCCCUGGGGUGAACAAACUCUAGUGUUUUUCAAAACUCUUCUGUGUAGGCAAGGCAAUUAAUAUUUUAGCACAAAUCAGGGCAAACUACCAGGAGAUGGUAGAUCCUGCAUGCCUCAAAGACUUCAAAUCAAGAAUGGACAGAUUCCUAGAUGUAUUUUAAUUAAACACAAUCUUAUUUAAUCACAGGAAUGUCUGACUGAAAAAGGUUUGUGCUAUAAAGGAAGUCAGGCUGGAUGAUGUAAUUGUUCUUCCUGGCCUUAUUAUAAAAACAGAUGUUUACUGUGGGAGAGGAUGUAUUUAAAUACAAGUGUGUCUGCAUAAUGGCCUUAAAAUAUGUUAGUUAAACAUGUGCACGUGAUCCUUCUACUUUUAACUCCUUUUGGAUAGCCUAAAAAAGGUCAUUUAGAGAAAAUCAUCUUUACUGAUGCAGUAAAUUGCACAUUACCUCCUUCAUGCCCACAAUGGCAUCUACUUUGGUAUUGGCUACCUCGGGCUGUUCCAGAGACUGAACAAUUCAGACUGUAUUGUGUGAAACCAUGGCUUGCCUCUGGCUCUCCCUCCAUCCCAUUUGUGUGCUGCUCUGCCCAGUUUUCUGUCCAUGGUGGGAAGACUGGCUGGGGAGGGCAGCACCUGCAGGGGCAGACUGAGAAACCAGAGGGGUGGAGAAAUGACCACUGAACAGGGGCAUCCAAGUGGUACCACUGAGGAAGUGAAUUCAUGUUGCCAGCACAGAGCCUCCCACAUAGCUUGGAAAAGGCAAUACCUUUGAGAAACAUGAGAUGGGUCCUAAUCUGCCCCCAAACUGUGCUUCCAUAGCUGUGUUGUUGCAUCAUGUUUACAGUGCACAGAGUUUACAUUCUGUAAACGUACCUCAGACCAGCUCUUGAGCUAAGAAAGCCACCAUUAAGUGUGUUCUUUUGAAGCAAAUGUUAUUCUAAAUAACUUUGAAAUCAUGAUUUUUCAUCUCUCUUUAGAAGGAGCUUAGUCAAUUCUGCCCCAAAGGAAGAUUCUCCUGCACCAUGCAGUGUUGUGGGGCUGUAGCAUUUUCUUUACACCUACAGCAUGUGUUUUGACAGGGGUCAUCUGGGAGGUGAGGAGUGCAUGGGAGUAGAAAGGAAUAUUAAUUAAGCUUGUCACUGCUAGAGGGAUAGUGUGCAUUGUGGGCAAGAAAAUUCCAGGUAGAGCAGGACAUCAUUUUUGUGUGGAAUGAAUUUAUUUUUUAAAAAUGUGCUUUUGAGAGAACCAUAAUUAUUCGUAUAUCGAAGUCUAAUCUGGCAAAUUAUUUCAUACAAAAACUAAGGAAUAACCAUCAAAAGAGUUGAAAAUUAUUGUUUCAAUCUUUUUAGAAAAAAAAUCACUUCAAUAUUUGAAUUUUAAAGUUAAUAUAAUUUACAUUGGAAAAAAAUCUGGCACCAGUCUGUGAGGGAAGAAAAUGUAGAUCUUAUGGAGGAUGUGAGUAAAAUAUAGAUUAUCUUUUCAAUGUUGUUAUGGGAGGCUGUGGGAUGAUCACAAGGAGGUCAUCUGACAUUUUAACAGUUGACCAGCUCUAUAAUUUUGGGAAAAGAAGUUCUGUGGAGAGGAGCAGGCAGACAGGUCAGGAAGGCCCUUCUCUAAGCAGUUCUGGGUUCAUUAUGAUCUUACCAUCUCCCACUUUUACAUGACAGGAGGAGGGGAGUGAGCAGCUGAGCAGGGUGACCACGGCUGCCGGGCAGGAGCAGGGGGUGCUGCCCCAGCCCCCCAGUAAGGGGUGUCUGCAGAAGGAGCCCCCAGCCAAACUGGCAGGGAUGCUCAGGGACUGAGGGCCAAAGCUGGAGCUCCGUUCCCAGCUGCUGCCCCAGAUGGGGACAGCCAGUCCCACAGUGCUGGGGCUGUGCCCAGCUGCCCAUCACAGGGGCACUCAGAUGGGCUCUGGGCCAGCCUGGGAGUGGGGCAUUCCCCACACCCCACCUAUGGGGAGUUAUGAAGCAUGAGGCUUAUUUCCACUUACAACAAGGAUUGUGGCACUGUCAUGGGCAGGUGCUCAAAUCUGUGCCUCGCUUCUGGAGAAAAGGCAGGAUGGCAAUUCUUAGCUGCUCCUGCUCCCUUGGAGCCUACAAACAGUGUGCAAGCCCUAAGUGCUGCUAUUUACCACAGUGCUGCACUCCCAGGCUGUGGCAGAGCAAGAAGAGCCAGAUCUUCUGGGCUGUUCCUUGCACCAUUUAUUUCUGCCAGCCGCAGGCCCAUGACACUGCCUGGGAGAUAGGAACAUGUGACAUGGCAGGAGUUUGGAUGCAAAAGAUCCAAGACCCUGCAGAAGGAACAAAAAAGUUUAGUUGCUGUAGCUGUGCUUCUCUUCUGUUAAAAGAGGGCAGGAAUUGUGGCUGGCAGGCAGCCAAAUCCAUCUUUGGUGGUGAGACAAUUACUAACAAUGACCUCCAGCCACAGCAGUAGUUAAAUGGCUUUUCAGGGCAGGCACCAAACCUGGUCUGGUUUACAUAGAUAAACUCAGGUUUGCUGGAGGGGCAGGGAGAGGAGAAGGGUGUCUGUGGUUUGAAGGGGACUGAUUUACAAGUGCAGCCCACCCCCAUCUUGUUCCCCUGGCUCUGCAGGCUCAGGCAACGUCCCCACUGUACCAGUGCCCGUGCCAUCGUCUGGGGCCAAAGCAUCAUGUCCCUGCUCCUGGGAGCAGUUUGCAGAGUGCUGGCACUGUCCCAGCUCUGUCUCUGGCAGUGCUGCCUGGGGCACAAGGUCUCACUGCUCUGCAGGCAAGAGUGAGAGUGACAGGCAGUGUCCUCGGCCCCUGGGGUCAGUGGCUGUCUGGAAGGAGGCAAGGCUGCAGGCUGUGCAAGCACAGUUCUGCUGUCCUGAUGGCCAAGCCUUAGCACAGGCUGGAGGAGAGGUGCAUCACUCUCCUGUCUCUCCAGCUGCACUGCUGGGGUGUUUGAACAUCCCUCCACCACUGUGCAUUGAGGCACUUAACUGAGGGGAAAGGGGAAGGUGAAGAAAAGCAAGUGCCUCCAGGGGACAGAAGGGAUUUUAGGUUUUACCCUUUUAUUGUAUGCCAGUGAGAAUGCCAGGCAUUUAGCAGCUGGGGAAUCGAGCCAACAGUUUAUUAAUAUUUGUUGUGUAUUUCUGCCAUGUUGGGUGAAAAUGUAAAGUGUCAUUACAUUAGUGCAUUUAGAAUAUAUGUUGUUACUGAUGUUUUGAAAUGAGAAAACUACUAUUUUCAGAUGAGCUUACUUUGCUUUGUGUGCAUGUAGUUAAAAAUAAAACUCUUCAUACCUGAAAAUUGCUGAUUUUUCAGGUAUUGAUAUUUUUUUUAAGACUCCUGUCAAUCUAGUUAUCCAUCUGAUUCAGUUCAUUGUAACAAACUAUAGGUUUCACCUCCAUGGUGACUCAGGAAAUAUUUCAUCUCUUCCUACUUUCAGGAGCUAGGGAGAGAGAAGGGCAGGUUUCAUUCUUUGUAUUUGGAAAGACUGAUAAGGAUGACACAUUCAUUUCAUCUCCUUUCCAUGUCUUGAAUGAUUGAAUGGGUUGGCUGGGAGAGCAUUCCUUUCUGUAGUGAUCUAAGUGCUGCCAUGGCUCCCCUCUGGAUGAGAAGGCACAGUUCAGCAUUUUGUCCACUAGUAUAGGACUCCUCCUGCUAUUACCAUAUAAGACUUUGGAACUGCUAAUUCUCAUCAGGGAUCCUUGUGCCUACAAGAUAAGGUCUUCCAUUUCUCAAGAUCUUCUGCUUGGAAGGCCAAACCCCCUGCUGCCCAUGAACUCUGAUGGAGCACAGAUCUGUUUCCAGCCCCAGCAUAUGCUUCUGCUGGACACAGCACCACAUUUGGAUGCUCACAAUGUACUCCCACUGCAGAAUUUGUGAGCAGCAGUGAAAAAGGAAGUAUCUGCUGAAAAACAAAGGACAAGACAUGAAUGUUAUAUCUAACCUACUCUUCCUUUAUAGCUCUCCUGGAGUGCAACACUAGAGAUGUGCCCCUGCAUACUUUUGGGAAGGCUGUGCAUGAAGAAUUUCCAAGUGUCAUCUCCUUUGAACUUCAUUACAGAAUACCUUUCCUUGUUCAUUCUCAUUUUCUUAGAGUAUUUCAGAGACAGUGUAUAGUAAAACUGAUUUGAAAGGUUUAGAACAAUUCAAAAAUAGACAGGUCCCAAUCAAACCAUCAGCUUUUAUCUUUCCCUUAGAAGUGUUCAACAAACCUUUGAUCACUGCAGAGAAUCAAGCUUGUGUGCUUAUUUAAUCUCAACUCAGCAUCAGGGCCAUACAGCAGUUCAUAAAGACUUUUCAGUCAUAAAAUAUUCUUUUAAAAAAGCGAGAGAUAUCUCAACGUUACCUUGUUGGCUUUCCAUUUCCUCUGCUGCAGCAGAAAUCAACAGUUUUACCUGUUUACUUAGACUUCCUUCCAGUGCUGCAGCCUGGGUCAGAAGUGAUGGGCUUAGGCCUGGAAAUAAUGUAUUUCAUUGAACUGCAGAUGUAAAGAGAAACUCAAGAGUAUUAAGUAAAUGGUAAUCUGUGCAACUCAGUCAGAUCUUCUAAGAACCAGAAGCUUGUGUACAUGCUAAUUUAUUGGAGCACCUUUUCUUCAUCUGCCACUUCAGGUUGAAUGUGCCAUUGGUAUACACUUUUUUUUUCCCACUAGAAGUGAUUGAAAAGAAAAACACAACAAUUAAAAUUGAGGGUGAGGAUGAUUGAGUUACAAUCUUUGCUGUUCUUCCUUUAUUUGAUUUGAGACAACAUUGUCCCCAUUAUUCUAAAGCAAAAUAGAAGGAGAAUGAAUCUGUGACAUCAUAGCACUUCUCCCACAUAAAAGCUGUUUUGUCAUCAUCUUGUAAGUUCACUUUUAAAAUGCUGAAGUAAUGAUCUAUGAAUAGAGACACAGCCUUGCUGUGUGAUGCUAUGGUAUUCAUUUUUAAUUAGGAGAUUUUAAGUUUUAUACAUACACAAAUUCAUAUGUGUAUCACCCUAAUAUUAUUUACUGUAAACAUUGCUCAUGAUUUGGAAUAGAUCUAGAGUCCUAUAGUAAGUAUUACUGAAAAAGAAGGAAAGAGAAAAUCCUACUUGUUUCGGAAAGAUGUGUCAGAACUCUAAAAAAAUAGGGCAAAACAUUAUCCCUUACAACUUAAUCUGAAUUGUAUUUGGAGCAUGACUUAUCAACACAUAAAAGAGAACCAGUGCUCUAAAAUGUGGGACUGAUUCUCAGCUGCUCUUAGUAACAUUCAUCCACUGACUUUGUGUUUGGCCUGGUAUCCUUAAAGAUGCCAAAUCUAAGUCUUGGACUUUAGUUUUUAUGAAAAGGUUUGUGGCUGCUUAAUAGUUGAGCACACUCAACACAUGCAAGAAAACAGUUAUUUCUGUCUCUAAGUCUGGCCUGUUUAUGCCCUGUUCUGGCUCAACCUGGCUCCAGUGAUGCCAUGUCACAAGCUCCAAAGGAAAGUGAGAAAUCUCAGCAAAAUAUAAUGAUGGAACAGUCAGCAAACAGGGCAAAUUUCUCUCUGACUUCAUGGAGUUUGAGCUUGUUUCAUCAGUUUUCAGUAUACUGCCUUCUGAUUUUCUGUAAACAACUCCUCACUGCUAAAUCAGAAAACUGUGGACAGCAACGUUAUCUUCCUCACCUGUAUGAGCCCUCACUUCAGCGAGCUCCAUCCUCCCCUCUCUUACUGAUUUCUAAUCUGUUCUGGUAUUUUUGAUCUCUCUGUCUCUUCACAUGAAAAUCUUUUCCAGCCCCUCUCAUUUUUAGCACCUCUCCCUGGAGUCAGUCCUCUUCAGCAUCAUUUGCCCUGAGACAGCCACCCAAGAUACACCACAGGUGUUUCAAGCUUUACUUCCAAGCUUUACUUCUCUCCCAACAGUGUGUCCUGACAGUAUGUCUUUGCUUUUUAGCCAUCUCAUGAGUAGGCCCAUGGGCAUCUCUGGGAUAAUUUUCCUUUGUGAUUACAGCUCAUCCAAAAGGAACCUAUUGCAGCCCAGCAAAGCCAUGCAGCCUUGCUGCUGGCACACACACCCUCCUUCCCCAGUGUUCCAGCUGGGGAUGUGGUCAGGCUGCCCGUGCAUGAGAUCACAUCCAGCAGGGCUACUCCCUGGAAGCCAAAGUGUUGCUUAGUAACCCACUCAUGGAAGUACCAGAAGCAUUUUUCAAUCUGUCACAUUGGCAAAGAACACUGGCUUCUUGAUUUAGAGGCAUUCUGCUGUGCGUGGCAGGGCCAUGCUCCAUUAUCUUGCAUCCAGCACUAUCUGCAAGCAAGGAAACGAACCUCCCUUUUAAUGGAGGGACUGGGAGAAGAUGGGGGUGUGAGGCACAGAAAAUAUUUUCCUUAGGAAUGUGAAGCUUUUAGCUGCUUCUCCUGGCAUCUAGUCCUCAUCUUAACUCCCUUCCCAUGGGAGAUAUUCUCUGCUUAUGAAAUGCACUCCAGGGUCCUAUAGCAAUUGGCCAAACAGGACCCUGCAGCACCUUCAUCUAUUAUGAGACAUUACUGCAAUAAAACUUGGUGUGUCAUACAGAAA